UGAGCUUGCAUAUUCGACAGCUUGACUGUCAAAAUCAAAAUUGUGUUCUUCAUGUCAUCAAUAAAACAUUGAUAUUCUUUUCGCUUAAACUACAUUCUCUUUAUAUUGUGCCUUAUAAAAGUUUAUUUUAAUACAAAAGUUUUGCUCAUACAUCAGCACUGAACAAUGGAUCGUCUUCUUCGUCUCGGAGGAGGCAUGGCCGGUUUGUCUCAAGCACCGCCACCCACAGACGCUCCAGUCGUGGACACUGCUGAGCAAGUUUAUAUCUCGUCACUUGCUCUUUUGAAAAUGUUAAAACACGGGCGUGCCGGUGUACCAAUGGAAGUAAUGGGCUUAAUGUUAGGAGAAUUUGUUGAUGACUAUACAGUUCGCGUCAUCGAUGUAUUUGCAAUGCCACAAACUGGAACCGGUGUAUCGGUAGAAGCUGUUGAUCCCGUUUUCCAGGCUAAGAUGUUAGAUAUGUUAAAACAAACUGGACGGCCCGAAAUGGUUGUGGGCUGGUAUCACUCACAUCCUGGCUUUGGAUGUUGGUUAUCAGGUGUCGAUAUAAAUACUCAGCAGUCAUUUGAAGCCCUAUCUGAGAGAGCUGUAGCUGUUGUGGUCGAUCCUAUCCAAUCAGUUAAAGGUAAAGUUGUCAUUGAUGCUUUCCGUCUUAUCAAUCCAAAUAUGAUGGUUCUAGGACAAGAGCCACGGCAAACAACCUCAAAUUUAGGCCAUUUGCAAAAACCUUCAGUGCAAGCUCUGAUUCAUGGUCUUAAUCGUCACUACUACUCCAUUAGUAUAAACUACAGAAAGAAUGAGUUAGAGCAGAAAAUGUUACUCAAUCUUCACAAGAAGUCCUGGAUGGAUGGGCUCACUCUGGCUGACUAUAAAGAACAUUGUUCAAUCAACGAAACCACAGUAACAGACAUGCUUGAACUGGCUAAAAACUACAAUAAAGCUCUCGAAGAUGAAGAAAAGAUGACACCAGAACAGCUUGCAAUUAAAAAUGUUGGUAAACAAGAUCCUAAGAGGCAUUUAGAAGAGAAAGUUGAUGUAUUGAUGGCAAACAACAUUGUACAAUCUCUGGGAGCUAUGCUCGAUACCAUGGUGUUUAAAUGAUUGUGUGAGAUAUUAUUAAGUGUUAAGGUUAAAUAAAACUUACUUUAUAUGAUUUG